AUGAUGCUGGAAGUACCGCUGGUGCUAGUAGUGGUGUUGGGAGUACCGCUGGUGAUAGUAGUAAUGCUGGGAGUACCGCUGGUGCAGGUAGUGGUGCUGGGAGUACCGCUGGUGGUAAUAGUAGUCCUGGGAGUACCGCUGGUGCUAGUAGUAGUGCUGGGAGUACCGCUGGUGCUAGUAGUGGUGCUGGGAGUACCGCUGGUGGUAAUAGUAGUCCUGGGAGUACCGCUGGUGUUAGUAGUAAUGCUGGGAGUACCGCUGGUGCAGGUAGUGGUGCUGGGAGUACCGCUGGUGGUAAUAGUAAUCCUGGGAGUACCGCUGGUGCUAGUAGUAGUGCUGGGAGUACCGCUGGUGCUAGUAGUAGUGCUGGGAGUACCGCUGGUGGUAAUAGUAGUCCUGGGAGUACCGCUGGUGCUAGUGGUGGUGCUGGGAGUACCGCUGGUGAUAGUAGUAGUGCUGGAAGCACCGCUGGUGCUAGAAGGACCACCGGAAAAGUACUAG